AUAUAUUUUAUUAUUAUGGACGGAAAGAAGGUUUUGGUGGCAGAUGACGAGCCCUUUGCUCAGAAUCUGAUAAAAAUGCUUUACGGAGCUCUUAAAGUAGAAUGUGUAGUAGUAUCUAAUGGAAAGGAAGCACUGGAAACUUAUUAAAAAUCACCUAAUUUCGCUCAUGUUUUAAUGGAUAUUCAUAUGCCAGUUAUGGAUGGAUAUGAUUCGACCAAACAAAUAAGAGCUCAUGAGAAAGCGAAAGGGUUGCCUAAAUGCAAGAUAUUAGGAUUGAGUGGGGAUGGAGAUCCAAAGACGAAGACAGCAUGUUUAAAUGCAGGAAUGGAUGACCUAUUAGUAAAGCCAAUAAAGAAGGAAUAAUUGUCAUAGUAUUUGUGAUUUACACAACUCAUAUUUUAUCGAUUUCUGCAACAUUUAAUAUUUAAA